AUGAUUAUGAUGCAAAAUGGCGAGAUCGUGAGUGAGGACGAAGCCGAGUACGAAGGCAUGCCACCCCUUGAAGGAGGUAGCGAUGGUGAGUCACCAAAUGAAGAGGAGUUUAGUGCACCCGAGGGUCACUUUGGGACCGCCUUGGUUGCCAGGAGAGCAUUGACGGCACGUGUUAAGGAGGACGAGCUUCAACGGGAGAACAUUUUCUACACUAGGUGCUUCGUCAACCAAGCACUUUGUAGUGUGAUUAUUGAUAGUGGGAGCUGUACAAAUGUGGCUAGUUCCCUCAUGGUGGACAACUUGAAGCUGCCUACGAGGGAUCACCCGCGACCCUACAAACUCCAAUGGCUCAACAAUUCUGGGGAGGUUCGAGUAACCAAACAGGUUCUUAUAUCCUUUCAAAUUCAUAAAUAUACUGAUGAAAUAUUAUGUGAUGUAGUUUCUAUGCAGGCUAGUCACAUUAUACUAGGUAGGCCAUGGCAGUUUGACAGGCAGGAAUAUGCUGAUAUCUUUCCUGAUGACGUACCAAGUGGAUUACCACCGCUUAGAGGUACUGAGCACCAAAUAGACUUCGUCCCUGGACCGUCGUUGCCAAAUCGCCCAGCUUACAAGAGCAACCCGGAGGAAACUAAGGAGCUGCAAAGCAAAUCUUAUGAUGAACACCUAGAGCAUAUUAGGGCUGUUAUGGAUGUACUUCGACGAGAGAAGCUCUAUGCCAAUCUCAAGAAGUGUAAUUUUUGCACUAAUGAACUUGUGUUUCUAGGGUUUGUUAUAAGUGCGCAGGGAAUGAAGGUGGAUGACCAAAAGGUGAAAGCUAUCCAAGAGUGGCCAACACCAAGAUCGGUGGGUGAUGUUCGGAGCUUCCAUGGACUUGCGGGUUUCUAUAGGAGAUUCGUGAGGGACUUUAGCACCAUUGCUGCACCCUUGACCGAGUUGAUCAAGAAGAAUGAGAACUUCCAUUGGGGAGAUUCUCAAGAACAAGCCUUUCGCGCUUUAAAGCACAAACUCACACAUGCACCUGUACUUGCUUUACCUGACUUUUCUAAGACAUUUGAAAUUGAUUGUGAUGCUUCAGGUAUUGUAGUUGGAGCUGUGUUGAACCAAAGAGGAAGACCUAUUGCCUACUUUAGUGAGAAACUCAAUGGGGCUGCACUGAACUACUCAACUUAUGAUAAAGAGUUAUACGCCCUCAUUCGAGCACUACAAGUUUGGCAGCACUACUUAAGGCCUGAGGAAUUCGUGAUACACACUGAUCAUUAG